AUGAUUGAAUCCGAAAGGGUUGCAAGAGAGAAAAGGGAUAAAGAGCUUGGUGAACUCAAUGCUCUCUGGAAGAAACUGUAUGCUGAAGAAGUUAAAGUCAAGAAUUCUAAAAUCAUUCUUGAAAAUCAGAAAUCCUUAUUACCAGCCAAGUCUCAUGAGCGAAUUCAAAAAGAAGCACUUGACGAUCCGAAUCUCUACUGGUUGGAACCAACCACCUCCUUUGACAAAAAUAAUGAUAUAGAGUGUCAGUUGGAUAUGCCCAUGACUCCAAGAGCCUUUCUCUUUAGGUGCUUUGAAAAGAUUGAGAAAUAUUUGAUCUCCAACAAAGCUGUAAAUCAGAUGCUCUUUUCGUUCUAUAUGAAAUAUGUGAAACCGAAAUAUGAGUCAUGGAGUUUAAAAAAGAAUUAUGGGACUGAAGGUUGGCUUGCCGGUCCAGACAGAAGAAUUUCUAAAUAUACAAUUCAAGGGGUUAUCUGUCCAAGCUUCUCUUCUGAAGAUUAUGCCUAA